CGUGCGCAGCCCGCGAUGGCGCAGCCGGCCCGGCGAUGCCCGGGCGCCUGGGCACUGCUGCUGUCGCUGCUGUUGGCGGGCUCAGCCUCCUGCAUCGCCAGCCCGGCGGAUGACGGCGCGGGCCCGGGGGGUCGGGGUCCCCGGGGCCGGGUGCGGGGGGACUCGGGCGCCGACGAAGCGGUGCCGCGCCACGACUCCUCCUACGGCACCUUCGCGGGGGAGUUCUACGACCUGCGCUACCUGUCGGAGGAGGGUUACCCUUUCCCUACCGCCCCUCCUGUGGAUCCAUUUGCCAAGAUCAAAGUGGAAGACUGUGGAAAAACCAAGGGCUGCUUUAGAUAUGGCAAGCCAGGCUGUAAUGCUGAGACCUGUGACUAUUUCCUUAGUUACCGGAUAAUAGGAGCUGAUGUGGAAUUUGAACUAAGUGCAGACACAGAUGGUUGGGUAGCAGUUGGGUUCUCUUCAGACAAGAAAAUGGGGGGUGAUGAUGUCAUGGCAUGCGUCCAUGAUGACAACGGCAGGGUCCGAAUACAGCACUUCUACAAUGUAGGUCAGUGGGCAAAGGAGAUUCAGAGGAAUCCUGCCCGAGAUGAAGAAGGCGUAUUUGAGAACAACAGAGUCACCUGCAGAUUUAAACGCCCCGUGAACGUUCCCAGAGAUGAGACAAUCGUCGACCUGCAUUUGAGUUGGUAUUAUCUGUUUGCUUGGGGCCCAGCCAUUCAGGGCUCCAUCACCCGACAUGAUAUAGACUCUCCACCAACUUCAGAGCGCGUGGUCAGUAUUUACAAAUAUGAAGAUAUUUUUAUGCCAUCAGCUGCCUAUCAGACCUUCUCAUCACCAUUUUGUUUGCUUCUCAUUGUCGCCCUGACCUUCUACUUAUUAAUGGGAACCCCUUAG